CAAAAUAAAUCAGUAUCUCAGAGGUCCGUCGGCUGUGUCUGCAGACAGUCAGUCAGUCAGUCAGUUUGAGUCAUCAUCCUUAUAUACAUAUAUAUUCUCUCCUCUCUAUUUUGUCAAAACCUCGAGAUCAGAAGUAUUGGCAGAUAAAGAGAGAAGUGUGGGCGAUGGAGAUGAAAGGGACUCCCUCUCAGCUUGGCUACCAUAUGCCAGCAGAGUGGGAACCCCAUUUUCAGUGUUGGAUGGGUUGGCCUGAACGUCCCGAUAAUUGGCGAGGCAACGCAGUGCACAGUCAACACAUGUUUGCCAAGGUUGCAACUGCAAUCUCAAAGUUCGAGUUUGUGACCGUCUGUGCAAGUGCUGCUCAGUGGGCCAAUGCACGGAGUCAGUUACCACCAAAUAUCAGGGUUGUUGAAAUGAGCAUGAAUGACUCUUGGUUUCGUGAUACUGGGCCAACUUUUGUUGUAACUAAAAGAGAACCAAGUUCUGGUAGUCCUGAGCAAAAGAUUGCUGGGAUUGAUUGGAAUUUCAAUAGCUGGGGAGGGGUUGAUGAUGGUUGUUAUAAAGAUUGGAGUCUUGACCUUUUUGUGGCAAGGAAGAUAUUGGGAAUUGAGAGGUUUCCUAGAUUUUCACAUACUAUGAUUCUUGAAGGUGGAAGCAUACACGUAGAUGGAGAAGGGACUUGCCUUACCACCGAGGAGUGCCUUUUGAACAAAAACAGGAACCCAAAUAUGACCAAAGAACAAAUAGAGAAUGAACUUAAGGCAUAUCUUGGGGUCAAGAAGGUUAUUUGGUUGCCUCGUGGAUUAUAUGGUGAUGAUGAUACUAACGGUCACAUUGAUAAUAUGUGCUGCUUUGCGGAGCCCGGUGUUGUUUUGUUGUCUUGGACUGAUGAUGAAACAGACCCCCAGUAUGAACGUUCCAUGGAAGCCUUUUCUAUUCUCUCAAAUGCUACAGAUGCUUCUGGUCGGAAAUUGCAAAUAAUUAAACUCCAUGUUCCGGGACCACUUUUCCUGACAGAUGAAGAAGCUGCUGGAGUUGCUCAAGAUGGUGUGGCUAAACCAAGACUUCCAGGUACAAGACUUGCUGCUUCAUACGUAAACUUCUAUUUCGCCAAUGGAGGGAUCAUCACACCACAAUUUGGGGACAAAAAGUGGGAUGAUGAAGCUGUUCGUGUCCUUUCCCAAGCCUUUCCAGACUAUGAAGUGGUAAGAAUUGAAGGUGCUAGAGAAAUUGUUUUGGGAGGUGGAAACAUACAUUGCAUCACUCAGCAACAACCAGCUACUAAAACCAACUGUGGUGUGAGAUCAACCGAAUAAAUUACAUUACGUUGAUCUGAGGGAGCAGCAGAAGAUUUGUGUUGUAACAAUGGGCGAAUUAUACCAACACACAAACUCACUUACGCAAUGCUAUAAGUAAUUCUUUAUACAACAGUUUCAAUGUCCUCAAAUUCAUCGUAAUUGUCAAAGUCAAAUACUUAUCUACUUCAUUUUUAUUGUUGCACCGGAUUAGCAUAUUCAGAAAAUUAAAAAAAAAGGUUAAAUUUUAUUUUAUGCUA